AUGUCGUACACAUCACUGAAAUCAUUGGCUUCCAAAUAUACCUUCCAACCGGCCACUAAGCUGCUGGCCAAGGACCUCAACCCGCACGCUAUCAAUGCCAAGUACGCGGUCCGAGGCCCUAUCCCCACCAAGGCCGAGGAAUUGAGGGCAAAACUCGCAGGCGAAUCCCAUUCUUUGCCUUUUAACAAAAUCAUCAACGCGAACAUUGGAAAUCCCCAACAAUUGGACCAAAAGCCACUCACCUUCUACAGACAGGUGUUGGCCAUACUGCAAUACCCGGAGUUGAUCUAUAAUCCUGCCUUGGUGCAGACCAUUCCAAAGGACUUGAUCGAGCGUGCGAAACUAUUGCUCGGCAAGAUUGGCUCAGUGGGAGCUUAUUCGCAUUCCCAAGGUAUUCCCUAUGUCAGAGAACAAGUUGCCAAGUUCAUCCAAAAGAGAGACGGGUACGAGUCGGAUGCAAACGAAAUUUUCCUUACUUCUGGUGCCUCCACCGCUGUUUCUUAUCUGGUCUCCAUUUUAGGAUUGGGGCAACAGACCGGGUUCUUGAUCCCAAUCCCGCAAUACCCCUUGUACACCGCGACUCUCACUCUCAACAAUUCCAAGGCUCUGCCAUACUACUUAAAGGAGGAGGAAGAUUGGUCCAUCGACUCGUCCAGUUUGCGUACGAUUAUUGAAAAUGCCAUUGCAGAAGGAACUAUACCUAGAUGUCUCGUUAUAAUCAACCCGGGAAACCCAACAGGUGCGAUAUUGAAGCCGGAUGCGAUCGCCAACUUGCUUGCUCUUGCUGCGGAGUACGGACUGGUGGUUAUCGCUGACGAGGUUUACCAGGAGAAUGUAUUCAAAGGCGAAUUUGUAUCAGUCAAGAAGAUCCUUAGGGAAUUGCAAGAAGGUGAUGACCAAGGCAGAUUUUCAAAUGUGCAACUUGCCUCGCUGCAUUCCACCUCCAAGGGUAUCUCUGGUGAAUGUGGUCAAAGAGGUGGUUAUAUGGAGCUUGUUGGUUUCCAUGAUGAGGUCAUUCAGCAGCUGUUGAAACUGGCCUCCAUUUCGUUGUGUCCUGUUGUCACCGGUCAGGCCCUUGUCGAACUCAUGAUCAACCCUCCCAAGAAGGGCCAAGAGUCCUACGAACAGUUCAAGUACGAAUCGCAGGCGAUUUUUGACUCGUUGGAACAAAGAGCUGCGUCACUGUAUGCUGCCUUUAAUGAAAUGACAGGCGUUUCUUGUCAGGAGCCCGAAGGUGCCAUGUACUGUUUCCCCAACUUGACCAUUCCUCAAAAGGCCGUUGACCAGGCCGAGAAGUCGGGAUUGGAGCCUGAUGAGUUUUACUGCAGUGAAUUGUUGGAUAACACUGGUAUUUGUGCCGUACCAGGAUCUGGCUUUGGUCAGGUUCCAGGCUCGUGGCAUGUCAGGACCACUUUUUUGGCCCCUGGCACUGAAUGGAUUGACCAAUGGAAGGAAUUCCACGAGAUGUUCAUGAAGAAGUACGCCUAA